AUGAUUUUCUGUUUUAUCUGCGAGUAUGAAAUUCGCACAAACGAAGAACUCUUAGACCACAUACGUUUUGUUCACCCAGAAACAAAUGUUUUCAAAUGUACAGAUGAAAGAUGUUCUCGAAGUUUUUCUCUUUUCAAGUCAUUUCGACGGCACCGCAUUAGAUGUCACAUAACAGAAAAUGGUAAUAUCUCCUCUCAGCCAACGUUGCCUGACAAUCUACACAUAGCUUCCGAUGAUCAAUCUGUGGGAUCUUUUGAAACGAUCAUUUCUGAAGAUAUUUCAGAUGAAAAAUUAGAAACGGAGAAUCACCCGAAUAUUAGCAAUGACAGCGAUUCUGAUGCAAGCGUUUUUGAGAAUGAUGAUUUUACGGCUUCCGCGGAUGAAAAAGUGAAUGUUGAAAAGUCUCCAACUUUUGAAUCAGAACUACUCAUUUUCGUUGCUCAAUUAUACAAUUUCUUGGAGAUUCCGAGAAGCAAAAUUGAUAUUAUAGUUUCUCGAUUCAUUAGUUUGAUGUACUUCACUGUUUCUUCAAUAGAAAACGAUGUUAAAAACCUCCUACAUUCAGAAAAUGAUUAUGUUAAGAAUUUUCAUAAUCUUGAUGCCAUUUUGCAAAGCUUUAUCUCGCCACUCAAAAAAUUCGAUUCAGAAAGACGGCGAUUAAACGAGUUUAAAAAGGCAAAUACCUUCAUAGAACCAGAACAGGUCGUUAUCGGUGAAAGACAGGAAUUUCAAAAAAAAAAGAAUGUAAUAAUUUACAAACAUAUUCCGGUAUCGAUCGAGUUUAUAUCAAUGAGAAACGUAUUGAAAUCUUUUUUUGAAUUGCCUUAUAAUUUUACUCAUACUAUCCAGUAUAUAAAAAGACUUGAAGAUUCGGCUAAUUGGGGUACAUCAAAUUUCAUUCAAGGAAGUCUGUGGAAAGAACAAAAAUCUAAGUUCAUUGGAAAAAUUGUUUUCCCAUUGUUUAUGUACUAUGACGAUUACGAACCAAACAAUCCCCUCGGAAGUCAUCGUGGUAUUGCUAAGUGUGGCGCUGUUUAUUUGAGUAUCCCCUGCUUACCUCCUGAGAUGCAAUCAAAAUUGGAAAAUAUAUUUCUAUUCAUUCUAUUCAAUAGUUUAGAUAGACAAAUUUUCAGUAACGGUCCGAUUUUCCGUAAAGCAAUAGAGGAGCUCGAAUUUCUUGAAAAACACGGUAUUUCUAUUAAGACUGAGCAAGGUUCACAUCAAAUUUACUUUUCCUUACAACUAAUUCUCGGAGAUAAUUUGGGCUUACAUUCUUUAUUUGGGCUUAAUGAAAGUUUUCGCUCCAAUCACUUUUGUAGAUUUUGUACUAUUCAUCAAAAAGAUAUCAAUACCGUUUUUAACGAGCGACAGUGUAAAUUGCGAGACAAGUCAAGUUAUGUUUCACACGUCGAAAACAUCGAUCCAUCCGUUAGUGGUAUAAAAGCGUCGUGUACGUUUCAUCAAAUAAAUGGAUAUCAUUUCUUGGAAAAUUACUCCGUUGAUGGGAUGCACGAUAUUUUGGAGGGUGUGUGCCAAUGUGACCUCGGGCUCCUUCUCCAUCAUUUUAUUUAUGUCGAAAAAAAAUCACUUUAUUUCAGUUGAAUAAUUUCAUACAGGGUUUUUCGUAUCCCAAGAGUCAAAAAAAUAGGCCGGUUGAAAUACUUGAGAAUCAUCUGAAAAAUUUGCGAAUCAUAAUGUCGGCUGCCGAGAUGCUUUGUUUUGUUAUGCACUUGAGUUUCAUGAUCGGACAUUUAAUUGAUGAAAAUAACGAAUUUUGGCAAAUGUUUUUGAUUUUGAAACGAAUCGUAGUUUUUAUUACGAGCAAAGUGGUUCCUGUGAAUUCUCAUUAUUUGUUAGAUGCUGAGAUUCGAGAGUAUUUAACCCUGAGAGCCAAACUAUUUGUACGUAAUCUGCUUCCGAAGCAUCACUUUCUCGUACAUUAUUCCAGGACGAUGGAAAGGAUUGGUCCAUUAUGGAAUAUUUGUUCAAUGAGGUUUGAAAGCAAACAUCGCGAAGGCAAAAUCACGGCUUAUUCUGCUGUAUCCCGUGUUAAUGUUUGCCAUACAAUAGCAAUGAGACAUCAAUUAAAGUUAAAUUAUAAAUUUCUGCAGCGAGAUACCACCAAUAAACUUAUUAUGGGUCCAAUAUCAGUAGAGUUACUGAGAUCUAUGCCGUAUAUUGUUCAUCAAUUUGUAAGAAACAGUAACGACACUAUUUCCACCGUGUCUUGGAUUAAAAGAUCUGAUUUCAAAAUUUACAAAGGGUCUGUACUCAUGAUUCCUGCAGAGGUUGGACCCGAAUUUUAUGAAGUACGGCAUUUGAUUGUAAAACGCACUGAAGUCUUGAUUGUUUGCAUAGAAUUGCGAAAGCUUUACUUUGCAGGUCAUUUUGAGGCUUAUCGAGUUGAUCCGAAUCGAGAUAUUUACUGCAGCUGGUCGACGGUAACUAUGGAGCAGUUACAAUUACGAAAUGUAUUAAUUACGCAUAAGUUGACAAGUCUCGAUGGUAACACGUAUAUUCCUAAGACAUGGAUUUAACAAUAUGUAAACGUCGAUAAAAUAAGUACUCAGUUAUAGAGAUAUAAGGACUUUUUGUCUAUAUUGGACUUUUUUUAUAUUGUCUAUAAGGACUUUUUGUAUACAUUGAUGAAAUUUUUGGGUGGGGUUCGAAAUUUCCAAUAACCGAAUUGUAGAAUGGU